UAAUCCAUUUCGAUACAGAUUUUCAGCAAUUUAUUAUUAUUAUUUAGAUCGUUAAUAAUUCAAGCAAUAAAUAUGAAAAAAUUAUUGUGAAAUAAGAAAUUUACUUGUCGGAACAGUCCGUAAUUGCUUGGCAAACCGGGCGUGAGGAUCUCGUUGCCCCGUCAUUCAAGUAGGUUGAGGCGUUGAGCCACUUGAAUUGAAGAAACAGGAUGAAAACAAUCAGGGAGAAUUUUUUUGGAUAGUAUCAUAAAUACCAACUGAACGUUCGUUCAAGGGAUCGGAGGAAAAUCCUUUUACUGGCUAGACCCAAUUCCAAGCAUAGCACCUGGGGAUGAUCCUCUAGUUCUAAGCUGAGAUGAUUUGUGGAUAUUGUUAUUAACUACAAUCAAGAGGAUCAUAUCAUUUCGGAAACUUGAAAGUUCGGUAUGGGUUUCGGCUACCCUUUGGCCCAAGUUACAGCGUAAUUGCUUCCACCAGCUCUCUCUCUCUCUCUUUCAAGUACAAGGGCGCUGAGUUAACUCGACCACCGAAAUUCCAUUUUUGGUUUUUUCACUCAGCCGAGCACGCUCACUUCCCCCGGUCAUCUUCCAUUGCCGAAACCACUGCGUAAUACGGUUGUAUGCAACAAUGGCUGGAGUGAUGAAGAAGUUUUUGGUUGCAUCAAUGUUUAUGUGGAUUGCUCCUGUUGCAAUUUUGUAUGGCUUUAACCAUAAUUUGCUUCCUGGUUCAACCCAUUUGUCUGCCUAUUCUUUGACAUUGGUGAGUGGCUUCCUUGCUGUCAUCUCAGUGAACGUGGUUAUUGCAUUCUAUAUAUAUAUGGCGUUGAAGGAACCAUCAGAUAAACAUGAGCCGGAUCCUGCAUUCCUUGCUGAAGCCAAAGCUAGUGUCAGUCAGUCCACAAAUCAAGCUGAGGAUUCUUCACAGUCCGGAAAGAAACAAGAUUAGUUUAAGCUUAAGCAUUUCUCAUGUACCAAAAAGAAGUGAAAAUGUGGAAUGACUAGAUAGUUGUUACUUGUUAAGGUUCCAUGUGAUGAAAUUGUCCUCAUGUUCGUUGUUGUGAAUGUGAUCAUCUUGGUGAUAUGUAUUAUGCUGUUUCUGUAGAGGUUCUGUUGAAGCAGAUUCAUCUUAUCUAUCAUAGUAGUUUUUCAAGUCGGACUUGUAAGCGGCUUGUAACUGUUCCAUUAACAGUCAUAUUGGUUCUUGAGAUGUAGAGAUCAUUAGACUCUAAUCUUGACGCUAGCUUGGAUGGCUCUCAUUUAUAGCAUAUGGAUUGAAAGAA